GCGGAUCUCCAAAGUGCUGCCCCGGGAAGGGGGAACUUCGAAUCCGGCUUAGAAGCGCCCCUGCCAGAAGCGGUGAAUAGAGCCCAAAAGUGAAAGUGAAAUGAACAAGGCUAAUCUGUACGAGCAGGCGAACGGUGUGCAGCGGCGUGAUGCGAUGGAGAUUUUGAAAGAAUACGCACCCCUCCUCGGCUGCCGCCGGGGUGGCGAAGACGUUGCGCUGCUGGACAUCGGUUGCGGGAGUGGCGACGUGCUGGUAGACUUCAUUCUGCCCGUGCUCGGUCGGGGAACCGGGCCGGUGGGGCGAGUUCUUGGGACGGACAUCUCGGGGCAGAUGGUGCGCUAUGCGCGCGAGUCGUACCGACAUCUGAAGACGGUCGAGUUCGAUACGCUCGAUAUUGGGUCGAAGCUGGAAGCGUCAAAUCUUGCACGGUGGGGCCAGUUUAGCCAUGUGACUUCCUUCUAUUGCUUGCACUGGGUACAGAACCAACACACGGCUUUCUCCAACAUUUAUCAACUACUGCAGACCGGAGGUGACUGCCUGUUGGUGUUUUUAGCCAACAAUCCCAUCUUCGACAUAUACAACCAACUAUCUCGUUCGCCCAAAUGGUCCAAGUACAUGUACGACGUGGAGAAGUACAUCUCACCGUACCAGUACUGCGAGAAUCCGGCCAGCGAGAUCGAAGAUCUGCUAUGCACGGUGGGCUUCCAGCACUAUCAAAUACAGGUACGCGACAAGCUGUACGUCUACGAGGGAUUGGACAAUCUGAAGAGAGCAGUGCUGGCUGUAAAUCCGUUCAGCGAACGGAUGCCUUCCGAGCUGCAGGAUAAGUUUCUGCUCGAUUACAUUGCAGUUGUACGGGAGAUGUAUUUGGCCAAAACUGCCACCGAGGAAAAUGAUGCGAAUCUACAAUUUAUUUCACCGUACAAGUUGGUGAUUGUGUAUGCGAAGAAGUAGUUCUCACACGGACUUUCUGCGAUUCUGGAGAGCAAUGCAUUCUUCACUCCCAAUUUAGCUAAUUUGUAAAAACAAAAUAAACUUUUCACCUAAUUCAAGGGGAUAGUUAUAUAAAUCACUAGCAAAGUAUUGGAAUGGUUUAAAUGAUCAAUAAAUUUUCUCAAUAAAUUAAAGAGACCUU